AUGAGGAACAGGAAAUACGAAGCUGGGAAUUCUGGAGGCUUCCAGAGCGAAGCUGCGAAGAGGAACCUCCUCUGGAUCAAAGCGUCCGGCCUGAAGCUGCGGUUCUGCACGAAUGAAACGCAGGCCACGCGGGAGCAGUUUGUGCGGAAGCUCCAGGGCUUCGGCUUUGACAUCUCCGUGGACGAAGUGACGGCCCCGGCGCCGGCCGCCUGCCGCGUGCUGCGGGAGCGCGGCCUGCGGCCCCACUUGCUCGUGCACGACGAUCUUAUCCCUGAAUUUGCUGAAAUUGAUAGAACAAACCCAAAUUGUGUAGUCAUUGGAGAUGCAGCAGACAAAUUCACCUAUGCAAACCUUAAUGAAGCUUUCAGAGUCCUGAUUGGGUUGGAAAAUCCUGUUUUGAUAGCUCUUGGAAGAGGACGCUAUUAUAAAGAAACCGAUGGUCUGAAACUUGAUGUUGGAGCAUAUAUGAAGGCAUUAGAGUACGCUUGUGAUGUCCAAGCUGAGGUCGUGGGGAAACCAGCCAAGAGUUUUUUUGAGUCAGCCCUGGCAGAGCUGGGCGUUGAGCCGCAGCAGGCCGUCAUGGUGGGUGACGACAUCGAGAACGACGUGGGCGGCGCGCAGCGGUGCGGCCUGCGCGCGGUGCAGGUGCGCACGGGCAAGUACAGGCCUUCGGACGAGAACCACCCGCAGGUGAAGCCUGACGCCUACGUGGACAACCUGGCCGAGGCCGUGGAGCUCAUCCUGCAGCAGCUGCGCGAGUGA